GACAGAUUUCGGCCUUCGGGAGGCGAUCGUGCAGCUUGUACUUGACGAUGCCACCCUCCACCAUUUUAAGCAACCUCAAAAACGACUGAAAGAAUACCCCAACACUUCGUGAAGGAAGUCCGCUGAACACGAGCCUACGAAACAGAACCGUUUUGCUUCUGUGUUUAGUUCAAGGACAAAACGUGCACACUGUUUACGGUGUUUAUUUACCCGACCCGUCCCGAAAGUGGUGCAAGAAGUCAGGAAAAAAGGGGAGAAAAAAAGGACAAUAGCAACAAAAAAAAACCCUAUACAAAUCAAUUCCAUUUUUUCUCCCCGCCUGCCACGAUUGUUCCAACACUAACGGGCUGCAACACAUUCCCAUGGUAACAAGCAAACGGUUGUUUAGUUGGUGUUUAGAGGCCCCCGUGUCGUCUUAGUCCUUACAGAAUGUUCCAGGUUAGGUAGGCGACUCGAGCUGCAGUUUGGUGCGUCCUUUGUUUCGGAAAAGUUUGGCCAGCAUGCCCGAAGAACAGAUCCCUUUGGAUGAGUACCAGCGUCCAGCGUCCUCACACUCAUCGGCACCGCGAUCUCGACAGCCGUCGGUGGGUGAGCUACAGGAAAAUGGACCUCCCGAUGGUGGUGGUGGUGGUGGCGGCCAUUUUGUCGCUAUAAGAAACAUGCUGAACGCUACGCGUAAUCGUCCGGUGGCCCGUAUUGCACCGCUGGAACCAUCGUUUGUUCCUGCCCCGCAACGAUACUUUCCGAUCGUAAUACCCGCCGAGCCAACCAUUGAGGAACUGCUGCGACAAGCAGCCGGAACACAGGAUCUAGCGACGGUGCACGAGAUUAAGCUGAAAGUUAUCUCGCACAUGACAAGUUUGCAGCGAAUACCGUGCUUCAUUCCGCAGCUACGUUCGCUCAUACUGGAAGGAAGCAUCGUGAUGACCUUGCGAGACCUGGGAUGUGAUAUGACUUUCCUGCGCUACCUGAACGUGUCCCGCUGCAGCUUGAAGCAUCUGGACGGAACAACAGGACUUGAAUCGCUCGAGGAACUGGUCGCGGACUACAAUCUCAUUGAGGAGGUUGGACCGUGCUCGAAUUUGAUCAACAUCAAGAAAAUUAGUCUCAAAGGCAACCGGAUAACCGAUUUGGGGAGUGUUACCUUUCUGGCGCUGUGCGAAAAGCUGGAGGUGUUAGAUCUGAGGGAAAACUUUGUCUCAGAAGAUCCUUCCUUUUGGCACGUGCUGCGGACGAACAUACCACAGCUGCGAUGCCUCAACGAGACACAGUUCCGCGAGGUGACAAGCGACGAAACGGACCUUUCCAGCUCGGACUAUCGUUCGUCCAGUUCCGGUAGUAUUGAGGAUGUUCAGCGAGGCCGAUGGGAUGGUCCCGUGGCUUCGGCGAUCGGUAGGGAACGUGCCGCUUCAACCAACGAUACAGUCGCAAUGCGUCGUCCCAUAACGGCUACGGUGGAAAGGCGUGUCACAGUGGAGCUACUCGACCAGCAGCGUCCUUCCACUGCGGAUCCGCUUAAGAUAAAAGCUCAACUUACUUCCGGCGAACCCGUUGUGGGAAGUGUCAUCACCAAGGCACGCCGACGACGCCGGCAACGGACCGCCUGGGGUGAAUCUACAUCCUGCUCGAGUGUGAGCAGUUCGGACUCGUCCUUCUCGAAAGAUUUCCCCGACCGUUUGCCACAGAAAGCGGUCGACCUUGAGCUCGGUGUGAUCGGCGUGCCGGGUCAGGGUGAAGCGUCAUCACGUGCAACGCAGCGCAGACCGCCCGAACCGACCACCGGAACGGACGAUGAUCCGCAGAACUUGCUGCGUGCGGCACGCUUGUGGCGUCAGCGAUCGCUGCAAACGCGUGAAACUAUUCGCGAGCAGGAGCAGAUGCUAAUUUUGCGGCAACUGCACGAUGAGGAGUGAAGUUCGCCGAUGGAGUGAAGUUUUAUUUUUUGGUAGAAGCGUUGUUUGACCAAUAGAAGCGUUGUUCAGUAGAAGAAGCACGGAAUAAAGCACCUGUUGAGUACGUC